GCAUGUUCCAGCCCAGAAAGCAGGAUCCACUGUGUCUGAAAAGAGGGGUCAUUGAACCAAUUAAACACACGUGUGAAGCCUCAAUGAUCCCCGACACAUGGAACUAUAAAGGACAGAGAGUGAAAGAUGUCCACUUCGAUGCAAAAGAGCCUGACAAUGACUGUGUUGUGAGCCACAUAAUCAGAUUGAGAGGAAAACUGGGCUGGUCCACUGAGAUUCCUGACAGGCGAAUAGCAAAAGCAUGCACACAGAACAUACAGGAAAUCCCUGAGGGGACUAAAAAGGAUCCUGGAGAGUAUGUGUACUGUCUGAUGAGGAACAGGGGUGACCUCAAGAUCCAGCCCAACCCCUAUGAUCUUCAGGUGGUUUCUGUCCAGACAGCUAAACAGAGCUGUCAGUACUGGACCGUCAGCGCUUCAUGCAUAUUCAAGGCAGCAGAGGUCCACGGUGCAGAGAGACUGUUCCUCCCUCUGUCCUCUCAGUCGACCAACAGGCCGCUGUAUGCUGAGGUGGCUGAGUGGCGGAUCCUCUUGUGUCGCUUCAGCCACUUCCUCAACCUGAUAGACAGAAUGUUUGAAGAGAUGCUCUGUGUCUUGGUCAGAUCUGCAGUUCAACUCCUUCUGUUGUUCCUCCGAGAGUCCUUUAACACUAAUGGAGUGAAAGAGAGAAGACAAAAGACAAAAAAGAUGGCAAGGAUGGAUGCAAGUGGACCUUACAUGAAUAUUAUCAAAGAGCCGACUGGUCGUAAUGCGGCGCAUAAACUUUCUUCACACAGCCAAGGCCAACCACAGCUUGUUAACAAGAUGCUACCAGAUUUUAAAAGGGAAGAGCCUAAAGAAGAGAUCCAGGCUGUAUUUGAAGUGAACGUCCUGCUUACAGUCACACCUGUGAACCAGCCAAUGACAGAUGAUGCCUCAGCCAAAGGGACAGCCACAACAGAGCUCCACUCUGAAGUCGACACAAAAGAUACAGAGAAGGAUAAAGAGGUUUCCCGUGAGGAGACUCCAUGGCGUUCGCCCAGCAAACGAGUGAAGCUCACCAUCUAUCCCUGUCUUGAUGACUUCACACUGCACAUUCAACAGGUGCUACAAGGAUUUGAACAAGUCAUUGCCAAACAGACAUCCUUCAACCAAGACCCUAACCUCCUGGACUUGCACUCGCCCCCUGUGUUUGACCUGAAACUGUCUGUUGACGAGGAGCUGGAGAAGGAAAGAGACCAACAUCUCCGACCAUGGCCUGAGCUGGAGCUGUUACUGGGGACAGAUCCAGCUUUCCAGUCUGAUCUGUCGGACAUCCUCAGUACCGUCCAGCGAGGGAUGCAGGGAGUGGAGAAGCACUGUCAGAGGCUAGAGAAGUUCUGUGAUAUGGUGGAGACAGCCAUGUUGACUGACAUGGAUGGGUUCUUGGCCGGGGAGAAAUGGUCUCCCCAGGAUAUCAAGGCCAUCUUGGCGGUGCACACAGAGAGCAUCAGGCUGAUGAAAAGGAUAGAGACUGAGACCCGUGUCAACAUGAUCCUGGUCAGGUGUCACCAGUACCAGUCAAACUGCCUGCCCUACCCAGAGGCUCUCAUCUUUACCAUUCACUCCAUGCUCCCCUCCAUUGUAAAGAAGAAGAAUCUGGAACUGAUGGAGGUGAUCAGAGGAGCUCUUAAAAAGCUGGAUAAAGACAUUUUUACAGUGGAAGAGUUUGUUGAGCAUCUGACCUUCCUGAGUCGGAUAUCUGUGCAGAUUCCAACUCUGGAAAGACAGUAUCAGUUCCUCAUCCAGCUCUAUAGUAUGGCUAAAGAGUACCAGAUCACUAUCUCUCCUGAGGAGCUGGCUUUGUACCAGCACCUCGUCCCCAGCUUCCAGCAUCUCAAAUCCACUGUCAUGAUCUGUGAAACCAAGAGGGAUGACAACAUCUUCAAGUUCAGCGUUGAUCUGGGCAAACACUUAAAUCAACUCAGAUAUGAGCUUGUUCUGGUUAAAAUGAAGGUGAACAAUCCCAUCCUGCUUUGCUCCUAUACGUCUCCCAAAGUGGCCAAUGAGAUCCUCCAGGCUCUCUCGGAGGAGGUGGCCAUCUACUCCAAUAAGGCAUACAGCUACACUAGCUACGGAGAGCUCCUGAGAAACUCUUUUUCUAUGAAGAAGAUCUCCACUGUGGUCCGCAUGAAGCAGGGCCGUGGUUCUAACGCUGCCGAAGUGGAGGCAGAGCUGUCUGAGGUGGACUAUGCCCUGACGCUGAGGAAGAUGCUCUGGGGGAUGCAGAAGGAAUGGGAUAAACAGUACAGCCGUUGGAGAACCACCACCUUCGAGCUGCUCAAUGUGGACGAUCUGCAAAAUGAUGUCAGCCGCUUUACACAGACCAUCUACAUGUUAGAGAAAGGUUUACCUGAAAACAACAUAGUUCCCAUUCUGAAGCAGAAGGUGAUGGACUUCAAGCUUUGUCUGCCCAUCGUCCUGGCUCUCAGGAACCCUUAUCUCCGUCAGAGACACUGGGAAGACAUCCAGAGCUAUAUCGGACAAUUCUUCACCAAAGAAGAUAACUUCACCCUCGGAAACCUAUUAGACAUAAAGAUUCUUCAGCAAAGUGGUUCGAUAGGGGACAUCUCCACUACUGCCACCAAUGAGGCCACUUUAGAGAGCAUCCUGUACAAAGUGAUCGACCUGUGGAGGAACACAGACUUCCGUCUGAUCACCCACCAGUCUGACGCAUCCACGGUGAAAAUCAUCGCCUCGGCAGACGACGUCAUGGCACAGCUGGAAGAGAGUCAGACCACUAUCAUGAGCAUCAAGGCAUCCCGCUACGCUGAGCCUAUCAAGUAUCUGAUAGAUGAAUGGGAGAGGAAGCUGAACCAGUUCUCGCAUACUCUGGAGGAGUGGGUCAUGUGUCAGAAGAGAUGGCUCUACCUGGAGCCUAUCUUCUCUGCUGGAGGGAUUCAGAGGCAAGGCAGCUAUUGUAGUUUUACCUGUGUGUGUUGCAAAAACUCCAACCCACCAAAACAGGCUGAAAUUUCAGUCGGUCAUAUCAAGCAGCUCCCAGCGGAGGCCAAGGUGUUCCUGCAGGUGGAUCAAUCAUGGAAGGAGAUCAUGAGGAGGACAGAUGACAGGCCUAAUGCCCUGAGAGCAGCUACCGCCCCUGGGGUCCUGGAGAUGCUGCAGGCUGGCAACGUCCACCUGGAAAAAAUACAGAAGUGUCUGGAGGAUUAUUUUGAAUCCAAAAGAUCAGUUUUCGCAAGAUUCUACUUCCUCAGCAAUGAGGAACUGCUGGAUGUUCUGUCACAGAGCAAAAAUCCCAACGCUAUUCAGCCUCAUCUUGUAAAAUGCUUCAGCAACAUCCGUCACCUGAACAUCCAGGAACAUGCUAGGAUUCACCAUGUGGUGGCAAGCAUACAUUCAGCCGAGGGUGAAACUGUGACCAUGCCAAAAAAUGUUCAAAUACGUGGGCCAGUGGAGCAAUGGAUGGGAAAUGUGGAAACAGCAAUGUACAACACAGUGAAAAGGCGCUUGAAGAUAGGAGUGUCAGAAUGGAAUCCUCAGAACUUUAAGAAAUGGGUCCUCUCUCACCCCGGACAGGUCGUUCUCACCGUGACCCAGAUCAUGUUCACUAAGGACUGCCAGGAAAGCUUCAGCAGUGAGAGGCAGCUGGAGAGCAUGGUGGUGGUGAAGCAGCAGGUGAUCCACAAUGUGGAGGAGCUGGCUGACCUUGUGUCCGAGCCCCUGCCCUGUCACCAGCAGGCCACCCUAGAGGCCCUGCUCACAAUCCUGGUUCACUGUAGAGACAUCCUCAGCCAUCUCCUCCAGAACCGCAUCACCAGUGUCGCCGACUUUGAGUGGACAAGGCAGCUUCAAUAUGUCUGGUAUGACAGCACCUCUCUGUGUUACGUGGUCCAUGCCCAGGCUUCCUUCAUGUAUGGCUACGAGUACCUGGGCUGUUCUCCUCGACUGGUCAUCACGCCGCUCACUGACCGAUGCUGGCUGGCCCUCACCGGGGCCUUGAGCCUCCAUCUGGGGGGCGCGCCCGCCGGACCCUCUGGAACAGGCAAGACAGAGACGGUCAAGGACCUGGCCAAGGCGCUUGGAAAGUUCUGUUUAGUACUGAACUGCUCUGACAGUCUAGACUAUAAGAUGAUGGGGAAGCUGUUCUCUGGCAUGGUGCAGUCUGGUUCCUGGUGUUGUUUUGAUGAGUUCAACCGUAUCAACGUAGAGGUGUUAUCAGUCAUCGCUGCUCAGCUUCAGUCCAUUAAGGCUGCCAUGCAUAGUCACAAUUUACGGUUUAUGUUCGAGGGAAGAGAUAUCCGACUGAACGCCUCAUGUGGAUUCUUCAUCACCAUGAAUCCAGGUUGCAAAGGUCGAGUGGAUCUCCCUGACAACCUAAAGUCCCUGUUCCGGCCUGUCUCUAUGAUGGUACCUGACUUUGACCUGAUUGCUGAGAUCAUGUUGUUCUCUGAGGGCUUCAAAUCAGCCAAAUCACUGUCCAGGAAGAUCGUCAACCUCUACCAGCUCGCCAGCAAGCAGCUGUCUCAGCAGGACCAUUAUGAUUUUGGAAUGAGAGCCAUAAAGUCAGUGCUAGUUCUCGCUGGUCAGAAGAGAAGAUUCGCAGCGCUGUCGUGUGGCCUGACACCAGAGGACGAAUGCUGCGUUCUGAUCUGUGCUUUACAAAACUCUAACUUACCCAAGCUGGUUCCUGAGGACGUUCCUCUGUUUAAAAGCAUCAUGGAGGAUCUCUUCCCUGGCGUCGUCAAUCCCAAAACUAUCCAUCCUCAACUAGAGAUCGCCAUAGCUAAGGCUACAGAGAUUCUUGGAUUUCAACAAUGGCCAAAUCAAGCAGAGAAGGUUACACAGCUGUAUAGCCAGAUUUUGGCUCGAGGAGGGGUGAUGUUGAUUGGUCCUACCGGAGGAGGGAAGACAACAGUGAGACUCAUCCUGCAGCAUGCUCUACACCUGCUGCCCUCUCUGUCUGAAGUCCACAGGAGGACCAACGUCUUUAUGGAGUUGGCACCGAGUUCAGAGGUCCAUGUGGAAAGCUUCACCAUCAACCCCAAGUGUGUGAGCUUUGGAGAGUUGUACGGUCAGGUAGACCCCAACACUCUGGAGUGGUCAGACGGCCUGUUCGCUUCUGCAGUCAGAACCUACGCUAAAGAACUCUUCGAACAAGACAACAAGACUUCCAAAGACAGCGAGAGCAGGAACACCUCUUCAGAUGUUUUGAGUGACUCCACUACACCCUUACCUCCCAGCAGUUAUCAACAUAACUUCAUGGUUGACAACUGGCGUUGGAUCAUAAUGGAUGGCCCAGUGGAUAUCCUGUGGGUCGAGAACCUGAACACUGUGUUGGACGACAACAAGACGCUGUGCCUGGUGAACGGAGAGAGGAUCAGCCUGCCAGAUGGCAUUAGGUUCCUGUUUGAAGUGGAUACUCUCAGCCAGGCCACCCCCGCUACCAUCAGCCGCUGUGCCAUGGUCUACAUGGAUCCAGUUGACCUGGGCUGGAAGCCGUACGUGAGGCGCUGGCUGUCCCAGCUGCCCAGACAGCUGAGCAGAGAGGGAAGGAACCACAUCCAGCAGCUCUUUGACAACAGCAUCACCCAGGGGCUGAACUUUGUCAAGAAGCACCAGAAGCUGCUCAACUUCCAGAUCCCGGAGAUGUCCACAGUCAUGACCGUCUGCAGCAUCCUGGGGGCUCUCAUUAACUUCAUGCAGGGGAAUGGUGGCCUGGGACUAAAUCUUGAGACUUUGUCAGAGGAAGACAUUGGGAAGACCUCUGCAGACAAUGAGUCCACAGGAAAAGGGGAGGAUAACAAAUGGUUUCUACAGAAAAACCCAGAAAAACUCACGAUUCUUCUUGGGAAGCUGUUUGUCUUUUCAUACGCCUGGGCAGUGGGAGGAGUCCUAAACCAUGUCGAUGACUAUGAUGAUUCCCCAUCUGCUACUAAAGACAAAAGCUGUCACCUCGUCAAUGUUGCACACGCAUUCAAAAACCUGAUCCACAAGUUGUUUGAAGGCGCACCUUGCGGUGUGUCUUUACCGGCGGGGAAUCGUUUGAUCUUCAACUACUUUGUGGAUCUACAGACAGGUGCCUUCGUUCCCUGGGAUGAGUUGGUUCCUAGCACCGAGAGUCUUAUACGCAAAGGACUGAACACAUCCUCAGGUUCUGAAUCCUUGCAGUUGGGAGGAGCCCUGGGAGAGUCUAACACAACAGAUACCACCAGCUUUCUGAGAUCAGGCCCCAUCUGCAGCAAUGAUACUGUCCGCUACUCCUUUCUAAUGAGCCUGCUGCUGCUCAACAAACAACCAGUACUUCUCACAGGGGAUUCUGGAGUUGGAAAAACCCUUCUCAUCCAAAGCAUUCUAAAGAAACUACAGAGAGACGGAGGAGAAAUGGUGAAUCAAGGGACUAUGCUGGGACAAGUGUUUCUACACAACCAAUCCAAGACAGCCAGCCUGCUGGAGGAUGUUAACCUGCUGACAGCUGUGUUUGGGGGAGAUGCAGAUAAGUCUACAGACGGUGAUUCAUUAAGUGGCUUGUUAAGCAGCAUGCCGUUUGGAGUGUUGCACAGGAUGCGUAGUCCCAGCCAUACCUCAGAAUCCUCAGGAAUCCUGACCUGUACCCUCCAGUGCACUGCUCGUACAACCACUGCCUACAUACAGGCACACAUGUUACAAAACCUCGUCAAGAAAGGCAAAAAUAACCUUGGUGCACCCAAAAAUAAGUCUGUCUUGGUGUUUGUAGAUGAUUUGAACAUGCCAACACUUGAUAGUUAUGGCGCCCAGCCUUCCAUGGAGUUUAUUCGCCAGUUCAUCGAGCUCCAGGGAGUAUUCGAUGCCAAGACUCUCACCUGGAAGGGCAUCCAGGAUGUGACUCUGUGUGCAGCCUGUGCCCCUCCGGGUGGGGGCCGUCAGAACCUCAGCCCCCGUCUGCUAAGACACUUCUCUGUCCUGCUGCUGCCACACCCCUCUAGCAACACCAUGCAACACAUCUUCCAGGUCCAACUCGGGAAGUUCUUUGGUAUCAGAGAUUUCUCCAAGGAGGUGCGUAAAUGCAGAGAGGCCUUGGUGUCUGCCUCCAUCACUGUCUACAAUGAGAUGUGUCAACGUAUGAUGCCCACUCCAGCCAAGUACCACUACACAUUUAACCUCCGAGACCUGUCCAAGGUGGUCCAGGGCCUGAUGCAGGCCAGCGACUCUGAGCUGAACUCAGAGGAGGCUGCAGCCUACCUGUUUUCCCACGAGACCUCCAGAGUGUUCCACGACCGCCUGGUCAACGAGCAGGACAGAGAACUGUUCUUUCAGAUACUGUCCAACGAGCUGCACAGUUACUUCAAGGUGUCCUGGCCACCAGAGGAGCUGAUGAGAGAACCCAUAGCAUUCGGAGACUUCCUGGAUAUGAGCAUCCCAACUGCUUCUAGGAUCUAUAAACACCUGCCAGAGUUGAAGAAGAUCCAGGCUGUACUGGAGGAGUGUCAUGCUAGUCAUGGAAGGAAAGCCUCUCAGUUCCCCAUGGUGUUUUUCAGGGAGGCAGUGGAACACAUCACUAGAGCCGCCCGGGUCUUCAGAUUGAAGGGAGCACACAUGAUGCUGAUUGGACUGGAUGGCACAGGGAAGGAGGAGUGUGUGACUCUGGCCUGUCAUGUGUCUGGAAGCCAUCUCUACAGGCUGUCUGUCUGCCGGAACUGCAGCUACUCAGAUUUCAGAGAUGACCUCAAGAGGGUGUUCAGACAGGCCGGGAUCCAACGUAAAAACACUGUGCUGCUCAUUACUGACUCAGACAUUGUCAAGGAGUCAGUCCUUGAGGAUCUGAACUGCAUUCUGAAAUAUGGUGAUGUCCCUGGCCUGUUUGACAACGAUGAGAUUGAUUCAAUCACUGUGGAUCUCAAGUCAACCAUGGAGAGCUCUAUCGGUGAAAAUAGAGAGGAGAUGUACUCUUAUUUCAUAGAGCAAGUUCAUCAGAGACUACACAUCGUCCUGGCCCUGAGCCCUGCUGGGAUGCGUCUGAGACAGUACUGUUGGGCCCACCCGGCCCUGCUCUCCUGUUGUAACAUAGACUGGUACAGUGAGUGGUCUAAAGAUGCUCUGCUGCAGGUAGCCAAUAGCACCUACAUCAACUCUGACCACUUUGACUGGCUCGGACAGGUCCUGCAGAACAAGGUAGCCAGAGUGUGUGUGGAUAUCCACCAGAGCUCAACCCAGAUGGCUGCUCAGUAUCUGCAGGAGAUGAGAAGGCCCUACUACAUAGUCCCCAGCACUUUCAUCGAGUACAUAGACACCUUCACCAAGAUGUGUCGUUCAGAGGGGUCUAAGCUCCAUAAUGUCAGAGAUCGUUUUAGUAACGGACUCUCUAUAUUAUCUGAGGCAACAUCUCUAGUCACUGUCAUGCAAGAUGAACUUCUAGCUCUAGGCCCACAGAUAGAGGAGAAGUCAAAGGAAAUAGAGAUAUUGAUGGGUAAACUGAAAGAGGAUUCUCAAGCUGUGGAACAAGUCCGAGCCAUCGUCAAAAUCGAAGAAGACAUGAUGGUGCAAGAAACACAGAUCGUUCAUGAAUAUGCAGAGGAUGCCACGGCAGAUUUGAAUAAAGUUUUGCCUCUGCUGGAGAAAGCAGUUUCAGCUUUAGAUGCUCUGCAAAAGAGCGACAUUUCAGAAAUAAGAGUAUACACCAAGCCUCCAGAACUGGUCCUGACAGUGAUGCAUGCAGUCUGCAUCCUGCUACAGCAGAGGCCUGACUGGACUACAGCUAAACAGCUGCUAGGAGACCCUGGCUUCCUCAAGAGACUGGUCAGCCUGGACAAAGACAGCCUGCCAGAGAAGGUGUUUCUGAAGUUGAGGAGGUAUUCUAAGUGUCCUGACUUUAACCCUGCCAAGGUAGGCAUGGUGUCUAUAGCCUGUCGUUCAAUGUGCCUCUGGGUGCUGGCUUUGGAGCACUACCAUGAAGUGUACAAGAUAAUUGAGCCCAAACGGAACAAAGUCAACGUGGCCCAAGCAGCAUUGGUGAAAUCAGAAUCUAAUCUGAUGAAAAAGCAGAAAAGACUAUCCAAGAUCGAGGAGCAUCAGAAAGCUUUGGAGGACCGCUACGAUGCCAGUGUGUCUGAGAGACAGGAGCUGGGGAGACGUAAAGAGAGGACCACGAACAGAGUGCAGAGAGCUGCUUCACUCAUAUCAGCCCUGUCUAAUGAAAAGGAUCGUUGGGAGAAGGCCGUGUGUGACCUGGACAACAAGCUGCAGCACAUAGUGGGUGACGUCAUGGUUUCCUCAGCGUUCAUCACGUACUGUGGACCUCUGACGGCCGACUACCGUAAAGCCAUGGUGAAGAAGUGGCUGGACUUCUGCCACAACAUGGAGAUCCCUGUCUCUCCUCAGUACACCUUCACCUCAGCCAUGACCGAGAAGAACCAGGUGAGACACUGGCAGAACACAGGCCUGCCACCAGAUCAGAACUCCACAGAGAAUGCUUUGAUCGUGAAGAACGGUCCCCACUGGCCCCUGCUGAUCGACCCCCAGGGCCAGGCCACCAGGUGGAUAAGCUCUAUGGAGGGGGUCAGGCUCAGGAAGAUGCUGGCCUCAGACCCCAACUAUAUGAAGACAGUGGAGAGGGCCAUUCGCAUGGGGGACGCUGUCCUUAUUCAGGAUGUUCUUGAGAACAUAGAUCCCUGUCUUCAGCCAAUCCUGGUCAAGAACCUUACAAUACGUGACGGUCAAUCAUUCAUCAAAAUUGGAGACACUGAAAUUGAGUACAAUCCCAACUUUAGGCUCUACCUGGCCACCUGUCUGCCCAACCCCCACUUCCUCCCGGCAGUGUGUGUCCUGGUGAAGCUGAUCAACUUCUCGGUAGAGUACGAGUGUCUGCAGGAGCAGCUGCUGUCCAGCGCGGUGUCUCUGUAUCAGCCAGAGCUAGAGCUGCACCACAACCAGCUCCUCCACACUAUUACUGCUGACCUGUUCAGCCUUCACGAGCUGGAGAACAGGUCCCUGCUGCUGCUGCAGGACACCCAGGGACACAUAUUGGACGACCAGCACCUCGUUGAUAACCUGAAAAAGUCCAAGGUCACCUCCAAUGAGAUCUCCGUGCGAGUUGAGACGGCUAAGGACAAGGAGAAGGAGAUCGACGAGGUCCGCAAGAAGUACCUCCCUAUCGCUAACCGUGGUGCAGACCUGUAUUUUGUCCUGGCCGACCUCACCCAGAUCAACUACAUGUACCAGUUCUCCCUGGACUGGUUCAAUGACAUGUAUGUGAAAGCUUUGCAGGUGGCCACGGAAGGCCAGGAGUGGCCCACCCUGGACAUGUCCAUGCCUGUGACGGGCACCUUGUGCCCGGCUGGAGCUAAAAGCCUGAGGAGGGCUGUGGUGGUGCCUGGAACAUGUGCUCCCAACAUGGGGGACUUUAACCUUCGUCUCCUCAAGAUGAUGAACACCAUCACUGAGAGUAUAUACAAGGUAACAGUAUUGAUGAUGAUGAACGCCAUCACUGAGAGUAUAUACAAGGAAGUGUCCCUGGCCCUGUUUGUGGACGACCAGGUGGUUUUCUCCUUCCUGAUGUGUUGUAACAUCAUGAAGACCAACAAGCACAACAUGAUAGUGGGCAGCACUGAGUUCCUGCCUGCUGAAGAGUGGAAGAUAUUCCUACACUCUGCUGUGCUGGCCAGCAUGAUGGACUCAAAGAGAGCCGAACAGGAGGAAGGGGAGCUCCUGGGUGAGCGUCCGGACCACCCGUGGCUGACAGACAGCAUGUGGGCACAGUGCCAGUACCUGAGUGCCCACCUGCCCUGCUUCGCCACCCUCUACAAGUCCAUCCAGACCAACCGUUUGCAGUGGGAACUGUUCCAGCAGGCUAGGAACCUCUAUGAGUUCCUCAGUGAGCCCUACACUGGACACUCUGGUUCUGGUACUGAAGGAGAGUCAUCCCAGUCAGCAGCAGCCUCGAAGGACAGGCAUCUCACCAAGUGUGUCCACAUCUUCCCCUGGGAGAGCCUCUCAGGCUUCCAGAAGAUCAUCUUGGUGAAGAUCCUGAGGCCUGAGUGUCUGAACACGGCAGUGAAAGCCUUUGUCAUAGAGAAGAUGGGUUCUAAGUACCUGGAGGUUGGAAAGAUCUCCCUGAGAGAGGUGUGUGAGCGCUGCUCUGCCAACGUGCCCAUCGUAUUCCUCCUCUCCCCUGGCAUGGACCCAGCUUCCCUCCUGGUGCGUCUGGCCCAGGAGCUGAGGGGUAGCAGCCUGCACCUGGACAUGGUGUCUCUGGGUCAGGGCCAGGGCCCCAGGGCAGAGGAGCUCAUUUACAAGGCCCAGGUCCUCAAGGGCCGCUGGGUCUUCCUGCAGAACUGCCACCUGGCCGCCUCCUUCAUGCCCAGACUGCAGACUGUCGUCAACUCGUUGAAGUGGAAAGGCUCAGACCUGGACCCUCACUUCCGUCUGUGGCUGUCCUCUAAACCAGACCCAGUGUUCCCUGCCUCCAUCCUGCAGAGAGCCAUUAAGAUAGCUGUGGAGCCUCCUCGGGGUCUGAAGGAGAAGCUCCUCCACACCUUCAGUCCCAGUGGAGAGGUGACCGAGAGGAGCUUCUGUAAAAUGGACUGCAGCCCAGCCUGGAAGACUUUGCUCUUCAGCCUCUGCUUCUUCAACGCCAUCGUGCAGGAGAGAAAGAAGUACGGCCCUCUGGGGUGGAACAUACCCUACACCUUUACAUCUUCUGACCUGGAGGUGUCCAUGCUGAACCAAGAGAGUCUCCUGCGGGCUGCGGAAGGUUCUGAGCUGCCAUGGGCGGCCCUACGCUACCUGACGGGUGAGGUGAUCUACGGAGGGCGUGUCACCGACCCCUGGGACCGCCGAUGCCUGCUUACCAUUCUCCACCGCUGCUAUACCCCCUCGGUCCUGCAGGACGGACACAGCUUCUGUCAGGCUCAGGGCUACCCUCCCUUCCCUAAAGACGCCAGCUGGCCCCAGUGUAGAGCCUACAUAGAGAACAUGCCCGACAAGGACCUGGCAGAGGUGUUUGGCAUCGACAGCAGUGCAGAGACAGUGAUACUGCAGAACCAGACCCAGCAGCUGCUGCACACCAUCGUCAACCUGCAGCCCAGGCUCUCUGAUAGCAGCCUGCUGGUCAGAGACAGACAGUGCCAAGAUAGCGUAGUUCUAAGGAUGGCCAUGAACAUCCUGAAGAAACUACCAGAGACAGUGGAGGUUGAUCGUGUCACAGAGAAAACACUAUUCCUCAGAGACAUCAUCGCCAAAGUCAACUUUGUGGAAUCAUCUUCCUCUGACCAGGGUGAGAGAUGCACAGCCUCGGCCUCCUCUGCCCUGCUGGUGAUCCUGCGACAGGAGAUUGACCGGUUUAACUACCUCCUCUGUGUGGUGCGCUCCAGCCUCCUUUCCUUCUCUGCCUCCAUCAGAGGAGAGGUGCUGAUGAGUGAGGCUCUGGAGGAGGUCUACACUGCCCUGCUCACCAUGAUCGUACCAUCAGACUGGAAGCACUGCUCGUACGAGUCGUGCAUGGCUCUGGGUUCUUGGAUCCAGGACCUGGAACAGAGAGUGUGGUUCUUCAGAGCCUGGGCAGACAACAUCAAGAUCAACCUUAUAGAAAAGAUACCUAUUAUUAGUGGAGGAAUCUACUCUCUGAACCGUCCACCUAAGACUGACCUGCAGCAGAGCCUCAAGAACAGGAAGCCUCGCUCCUACUGGCUCUCUGGGUUCUUCUUUCCACAAGGUUUUCUGACAGCUGUUCUCCAGAACAGUGCUCGACAGAAGAACGUGUCUGUAGACUCUCUGUCUUUCACCUAUCGUGUUCAACCCAUGGAUGAGAGCUCCAGCAACUGGAGCAAAGUGGCAGACAAAACUAAACUCCUUUUUGAGGGCCCAGCUCCACCAGAUGAGGGCGUGUUGGUGUAUGGGCUGUACCUUGACGGAGCCAGCUGGGACCCUGUCUCCCACACCCUGCAGGAGCUUCAGCACAACAUCAAACACUGCCCUGUGCCUGAGAUACACUUCCUACCCUGCCAGGUCUCGGAGGAUGCUGUGGCCGUGCCUACUACAGAGUCUCCUGGGGACCUCCAGUUCUAUGACUGUCCCCUGUACCGUACCUUCAAGCGGGCAGGCUUCCUCUCCUCCUCAGGCAUCUCUACCAACUUCAUCACAUCCGUGUCUCUACCCACCUUGAAGUGUCCUACUCACUGGGUCUUCAGGGGCACUGCCCUCCUCUGCCAACCUAAUGACUGAACAAACUCAAUACCAACUGUUUACACUGUUUACACUACAGCAGUGAACUCAUUACCAAAUAAAGACUGUUUCAAAGUAA